ACUACAAGUCUCUGAAUACGGUUUGCACAUCACGUACACAUUUCUCGUUAACGUGGCUGGUGAACAACGGAUGCGGUGUUUCUUCAACUGCAACUGGUUUCGGUCGUAUUUUGGAAGAGAUCACAUCCCGUCUGUUUCUGAUUCGGAAACAUUUCUCGAUAAAAUUUUGGACAAAUAAAUUUUUAAUCAAAAUGCUGAAUCCGUGUUGUGGUCGAGAUUUGGCCCAUGUAGCGAAAACAGUGGCUGUCUUUGACGUGAUAUUGUCAAUUCUGGAGCUCGCAGCCGCAAUGGUGUUGGAAAGCACACCCGUGACAAUUCUCUCGACGGAUGUGGCAGAUCCGGAAAAACGAGAUGUGAACUACGUAGUUUCAAUGACGCUGUUAUUUGGGAUUUGUCUCGUUAUCAUGCGAAUCGUGCAGCUUGGAUGUUCAAUUUUACUGUUGUAUGGAGUUGUGGAGAAAAACUACAAAAAAUGUGAAGUCUGGUUCAUCUUUAGCUGUGUCGUAAUUACGCUGGCAGCUCUGCAGAUUCUGUACGAAAUCAUGGUCCGGGACAAAUUGGUGGGACAAGGGGCUGAAACAAGUCCCCCAUUUCUCCUCAGAAUUGCUGUCCCUGGACUGGAACUUUUGCUGACGUGGUACUUGAUGUGGGUCAUUUUGGCGUUUAUGCAUCAACUGAAAAGGAGAAGUAUUGAGACACAGACUUCAUCAAAGGAUGAGACGGAAAUGAUGAAGAUAUAGAAAACCGUUCAUUGUAUUAUCAGUCUGUUUUUUAAGUAUGUAUUCAUGUAUUUUGUGUUUUUUAUACUUGAAUUAUGCAUAUUUUACUCUUGUUACAAAUACAAAUCACAAAAUAUGUUAACUUUAAGUGACAAAUAUAUCCUAAAAAUCGUCCAUUCAAUCAAUCCGUCUCCUUGUUACACACAAAAUAGUGGUAAGAUUUCAGGUAGGAUAGGUUCACAGACCAAUAAGUUUCCCACUCAUCCAUGACUUUGUUACUGGUACCGUACGCGUAGAUAUACAUGUACAAAAUCCUAUCUAGUUAGUUAGUCGACUACUAUUGUCAUAGACGUAGCAAAAAAACGGCAAAAAAUCCCACCACUACUACUGCCCCGUUUCGUCGUUCAACCCGAUGUAUGGUAUGUACCACUUACAUAACUUGCAGAUAAUGCAAGCUGCAAGUUAAAUGCAAAAAUCCAGAUGAUUCUCGUCCUAACGCCAUUUGCUAAGUAAAACCAUAGGCUAACCAAACCUUGGAAAAUGUCUCCCACGAGUUGUUGUUGUUUGUUUAAAGAAAUUGUUUAAAUAAAGAAAUACAAAUUGAGGAUGGAUAAAUUAUUACCAAAUUCAUUUUUUGGUCGCUCGUUACAAACUGGGUGUAAAUUUUCAGCUUUGGUUCAACUGAUUGUUGCAUUUCCCCUCUUAAUUCUGACCAUUAAAGACGUCGUGAGUUAUUCAAAUGCCAUAAACAUCACAAUCGCCUCUGGAACCUUUGUCGCAGUUCAAGCUCUCCAACUACUCUUUGCAGGCUGUCUCUUUAACGGGAGCAAAGAAAGAAAUCUGCAAGUCUGCCAACUCUGGGCUGCAGUCACCUCCAUCCUCACCGCGGCCACGAUUGUCUUCAUUCCAUACCGAAUUUAUGCCGGAAGUGACCUUUCCGACCAGAUUCGCAAUUCCUCCCCAUUAAUCAUCCUGUCAAUCUUGAGCUUAUGUUCAAAUCUCGCCUGCUUGUGGGUGGGCCUUGGAUUUAUCAACGUCCUCAUCGAAGAAGGCGAAGAAGGGGGCACCGUGUAUAACACGGAAUGAUCAGUGUUUCGGGUGCAAGAAAUAACCGCAAGAAAGUGAUUUCUUGCAGAAAUUUAUUUUGACCUGCAUGAAAUGUAAGGUGCAAAAAACUACUUUCCCCCGAUAUUCCUUCAUACUGCUUAUUUUGCAUAUUUUUGCACUUUUUUGCAGUUUCUUGCACCUUACAUCUCUUCCAUUUCUUGCUUUGCAUGCCUGAAAUGUAGCAAACCCGCAACACUGCGAAUGACAGAUGAAUGAUUGCCUCUGAUAUUUUUUUUGUGAAAAUCUUGUCAAAGUACAAAUCUUGUCUGAUAUAGAUCACUACAUAAAAGUGACGAUCAUGUUUUCAUAUUUGUGCAUAUGCCGCAGAAUUUCAAACUCAAUAAAUAAUCUCACAUUUUUGAUCAUAACAUAAA